AUCAUGGAUCAGUUACCAGAACUUCUAAACUACAAACAUUUUCUCGAAGAGCACAACAAUACUACACACUUAAACUUCUCAGAUGCCGGCGACAUUGUCUCAGAGUUCGAGAAUGGUUUAUAUACAGCCAACAAGUUCUCAACGGUGGUUCUUCUCUCUCUAUAUGUUCCAACAUUUAUACUGGGUCUUGUUGGCAACAUCUUAAUUAUCGUGUCAGUUUCAGCGGAGAGGGCAAGAAAAGCCAAUUUAUAUUUCCUUGUGAAUUUAGCCCUAGCUGAUCUUGUGGUUACCGUGCUGUGUAUUCCAACAUCAAUUGGCACUAUCAUUUACAAACUGUGGGUGUAUGGAAGGUUUCUAUGUAAAUUUACAUCUUUCAUACAAGGUGUUGCCGUGGCCGUCAGCGUAUACUCAAUGACAGCUAUGUCCGUUGACCGCUAUAUUUCACUGCAGCACCCUGUAACAGCCCAGAAAAUGACAUCAGCUUGCCAGUCGUGCGUUCUCAUUUUGUUCAUGUGGAUUGUAGCGGCAGUUUUUAUGGGACCGCUCAUCUACAUUCGAGACAUUGAUAUGUUAAACGACGUUCCCUUUUUACGGCCUCUUCCAUUUUGUAUCGAGAAAUGGCCGCAUGACAGAGACAGACAAGCUUACGGUGUCUUUUUACUAUUUGUUGUGUUCAUCAUUCCGGCUUUCACUAUUACUAUCUGCUACGGGAAUGUCGGUAAGGCUCUGUGUACGAUAGAACGGCACCAACGUGUCAGCUCUGACGGCAGUACCCAAAGACUUGUCUCACGCCAACGGGCAGCCCGCAUGGUGAUUAUACUCAUUUUUGUGUUCAUGAUUUGCUGGUUGCCAUAUAACAUCAUUUCAACUCUGUCAGACCUUUAUGAAAACGCAAAAUUUACAAAUGCUUUGCCAUUUGUUCUGUGGUUGGGACAUGCUCACAGCGCAUUCAAUCCAAUGUUGUAUUGGUCAUUGAAUAGACAUUUUCGAGACAGUGUACACAGACUUGUAAAAGUUGUGAAGAUCACAGGCUGUUCAACUGAUUCGACACAGACGGUGUCGUUACCGCAAUUUGUGUAAUAACUCCAGUUCGACUGUUACACAUUAGCCAUUUGUUUGUUGUGUUAUUGUUUAAGUAAAGCUAAUUCUUUUGAAAAGAUGUUUGUUUGUUUGAAAGCAUUGAUGAUGUCAAAGAAUUAUUGUUUAUAAAAAUAGUACCUAGAAAUGCCAAAGAAGGAAAUCUGGUCCCCCUGUAUCGGUAUUUCCAUUGAAUAUACAGUGAUUUAAGCAGCUAUUAAAGGCAGUUAUAAGCAGGUACCAAUAUCUACAACAUAGAAACGGUGAGAGUAUUAAGCGACAGUAUCUAUUUAUUUUCUUUAAUCAAACAACUGGUGCUAUUUUCAAAGUAAAGUUUGACGAGUCUGUGUGCUUUUGUUUUAUUUUCAUUUUCAUAACAAUUUCGUUUCUUGACUGUUCAUAUGUACGUUAUGAUUAUGUACAUGUAGUAGAAUAUAGCAAAUGAAGAUUUAACUAUGAAGUUAUACAUUUAAUAAUAUUUCCAUAUGCUCAGAUACAUACCUCCAGCUGCCUUUCUGAAUCUUUAUUGAUAGGAAUAAGUUUGGGAGAUCCUUACGAACUGUUAUCCGAAAAGCCCAUCUGGAUCCAUAUGUAUCAAUGUCCUCAGCCUUGAUCAGUUACUUUCGGCCUUAACGAUACGAACACUUCUUCUUGCGUUAGAGCCUUUUCCAUUUGUUACUGGAAAAUCAUUUAAUUUCAUGGGCAUGAAAUUUCGUACUUUUUGGGCAAAACGGCAAUUUCGUGGGGAUAUGAAUUCGUGGAUUUCAACUUUUGAACAUAAAAUGAAUGGGAAUUUUACUUGUUCGUUGGGAUUAAAUUUCGUGGAUUGGCGCAACCAUGAAAUCCACGAAAUUUACUCCCCACGAAUAUUAAUGAUCUCACAGUAUAUUAUUGAAGAAGCAAUUAACUUACGGAAGAAUUUACGCACUGUGAAUGCACGUUUUAUAGAAGCACAGUCCAGAGACACGAUGUCAAUAAACUAUUUUCGAGAAUUGUUACUGAAGAAUGAAAAUUCAUUUUAUCAUUUAAGUUAAUAUGAUAUCUAUAAAAUCGUCAUCCAGUAAAGUCCAUUUCCCAACUUGUAAUGUAAGAUAUUUACAUUUUUGACAUUGUAUUCUGCUUUUUUUUCAUGUUUCAUAUAUUGCUUGAGGAUCUUUCAUUACCUGUAUAUUUGAAAGGCUAAAUAAGCUCUUUGUUGUUACUGUGCUGCUUUGUGCAGCGUGUAUUAUAUCAUUGUACAGUUUCAUACAACUUUAGUGAAGUUCACAAUCACUACGUUAUUACAAAGGCCUUACUAUUACUGAUAUCAAUACUCGUGUUCUUUACGGAUUUUGUGAUAUCCUGUUGCUAGUGAUUUAUGUAUUACACUGUACAUGCCAGAAGUAUUUAUUGCAUUUCAUAUUGUGAAUGGUUUUCACUAACCAUCCUAUUUUAGUGCCAAAGAUAUUUAGCUUAAAACUUCUAGAAACUAAAAUGACGAGCAGAUCUAAAUAUAAACUUACGAUACUGUUAAUUGUGUAAGAUUAGAAGGAGAUUAUGUGUUAAGUGAAAAGUAUCUUGGAUGAUAUAAUCCGAAUUAUUCCAAAAUCUACUGUACUUCAGAAAUUACGUUUGAACGAAAGUACCAGAAACUGCGUGCUUUUAAUUUGCAGCAUUUAACCAUUUUAGAAAGAAAUCAUUGUAUGACGUCUUAAUGUAAUAAAUUUAAUUUUCGACAUAACUUUAAAAACCAUUAAUGUUAAGAAAAUUAAAGUGUACGAUAUUUAUAAAGGACAUUAAUUGUUCUUAGAAUUACAUAAGUUGGCCACGUGCCGAUCUAUUACAUAUGCUUUGUCAAGGUCUUGUAUAUCAAAACAUUGUUAUACAUACCUAUUAUUUGGGAUAUUUUUUUUAUUUAUCCAGACAGUGGUCCGAAAAAAAAUUUGUCAUCAACAUUAACCGGUGUUUGUAAUGAAUGUAUAUAAAGAAGGAACUGUUGCACAAGUAUAUUAAUACGAGUUUCUACGUAAGUUUUUAUAUUUUUGAGAACAAGAUAUAGUUAAUAUUGACCUUUGUGGUUAAGAAAUAAAUAGCUCGAGACGUUAAAUGUUUUGUCUCUUGUUUUUGCCGGGUUGAACGUCACAUCGACACAGUUAUAGAGACGUUAGAUGUAAUCACAUUUCUUAGUAAAUCAUCGCUGUGGGCACCUGCCAUUUUUUACUUAGUGACACAUUGUGCAUUUGUUGGUGCAUUUGUUGUUUAGUGAUAAAGUAUUAUCUAUAAAAUUGUUGUGAUUUGAAGCUCAAUGUUAUUAAUUUUUAUUUUAUAU